GAAAUUCCUAAAUUGUUUUCCUUCGAUUCAGUAUGUCGGGAGAUCACUCGGUUUUUCUUUUGAUGGUAAAUGGUCAAAUAGAAAGUGCUGAGUUUCCUGAAUUCUCUGAAAUCAGUUGCCGCUACUCUUUUGUUUAUGGCCAGGACUGGGUUAUAACAUCAGGACUAGAAGAAGGAUGCACUCAGAAAGCGCGCAAAAAUCUUAUUGAAACCGCAAAGUUUUCUUUUAAUUUUCCCAUUGACAUUACAUUCAAAUCUACUAAUCCUUUUGGAUGGCCACAAAUUAUAUUAAGUGCGCAUGGACCAGACUUUCGUGGCACUGAACAGCCUAGAGGAUAUGGUGUUACACACAUUCCUUUGGUUCCAGGAACUCAUAAGCGAAAAAUAGCCAUGUUUGUGCCGGAAUCUUCAUCUAGAUUUCAACAAUUAAUUGGGUGGCUUACAAACAGACGUCCAGAGUACGUAGAUCCUUCCAAUCUAGCUCAUGGAGAAGGAAGGGAAGUGACCCGUGUUAGAUCCCAAGGAUAUGUAACUCUUUCGUUUAAUAUUGUUACCAAAGAUAUGAAGAAAUUAGGAUAUGAUGUCUGUCCAUCAGAUGUAGCAAAUCCAUCCAUUCCAGAACAACAGGCCUUGGAUGCUUAGUAUUUGACUAAGACCAUAUUAUAUAAAUAUAUAUUUUAUUUUAAUAUAUUUAUACUUUUCUAUUUAAAUUAAUUGGUGCUUUUCUUUUUGGUUUUAAUAUAUAAUUUAUUUAAAUAUUGAAACCGUUUAUAUCUUUAAAAAUAAAUUCAAUAAAGUACAAAUAAAAAUGAGAAUUCAUUCACAAAAUGUUCCAUUUUCCGGUUCUGCUAUAUGAAGCUAGUGCUUUAUGAGCCUUUCGUCUUAUUUCCUUAUCUGAAUCUAUAUUGAACUUUUGAAGAGCUUCCACAACAUCAUAUUCCAUGUGAACUGGUGAGCCGUCACAUAAUGUGUGUAAAACUUGUUGUCUAACAUUUGUUGCAGGAUCGUCAAUCAUUUCCAAAACUCUUGCCCAAAAUUCUCCUAUAUCUGUUUUAACUCGGCAGGGACACAUUUCUCUUAAAGCUCUUUGCCUUACUGUCGGAUCGGAGUGUUUACUGAGUGAGAUUACUUCAUUUAUAUCAGUGGUUUGAAGGCAUCUUCUCAGAGCCUCUCUUGUGCUUAAUGCCAUUUUUCUCUUCUGUUUCCUAUCUCUAAUUGAGCUAAAACUAUUCUCUCAGGCAAUUUAUAGAGCCUUUAAAUGUUCCCAUACUUUCAUUUUAUUGUGCAACAAAUGGACUAGUGUUGUGCAACAUGUUGCAACGCCAUCUGCAAUGUAUGGAGAUCAUAAA